AAGUGUAUGCAUUAGUAGCCGGUUCCAAGAACAGAAUAACACACGCAUCCAUCCAAACCAACCAUGGCUUUCUCCAAAACCUUGGCCGUGUUCAUGUGCGUGGUCCUGGCCUCGCUCGCGUUCGUCCCGCAGGACGUGCUCGCCGCAAGAGGGCUCCCUGAAGCCAACGGCCGUGAUCUGAAGGGUGUAUAUAGGGGAUGGCCAUAUCGGCCUGGCCAGCCCUACCGCACUCACUUGCCAGCCCCUGAAGGUGGAUAUGGUGGCGGUGGCUAUGGCGGGCCACAAAAGCCACAGCAUCCUUAGAGCAGGAAGACGGUUCCCAUGCCUCGAUCAAGCUCAUAUAUAUAUUAGUUGCCUCUUAUGCGCUUGCCGUUGAUAUAUAAGUGAAUAAUGAUGGCGUCGUCCUAUACAUUUCGAAUAAACUCCACGGAUACCACAACGAUAUGUGUACGUGGUCAGAUACAGUCUAUUUGAGUCCCGUCCAAGUUGUUGAGUCGCUGCAUGAACAUUAAGUCGUGUGAACAUUAAGUCGUCUGAUACCACAAGGUCGAACCUUUAGUUCGGCCAUUGCCUUGUAUCGUGAGUGGAAGAUACACGGAGAAUGAAAAGCCGUGACCAGUUUACGUGUCA